AUGGAGCUCCCUGUCGCGCUAUUAGCACUCUCUUUUCUAUUCACAACCGAAGCGCUGCCACAUGGCGAGGGCAAGGUCUCACAAAAUCGUACCAUCAACUGGCAUCCAUGUCCUGAUGUUGAGGGCCAAGUUGUUGAAGCCCUGGGAGUGCCCAUCUCACUACCUUUCGACUGCGCAUCGCUUCCAGUACCGCUCGACUAUACAGACCCUGAGUCUGGGACACUCGACCUAGCUCUGAUCAGGGUGAACGCUACCCAGGAGCCGGUCCUCGGCAGCGUUUUGUGGAACCCAGGCGGCCCUGGAGGAACGGGAGUCGAGAACCUGGCAGUACAGAGUGAAGAGCUGAUUGAGGUUCUGGGCGGGCAAUAUAACGUUGUAUCCUGGGAUCCUCGGGGUACCGGCAAGACGAUCCCAUUUGACUGUGGGCUCGCCGAAACAGCAGCAGUCCAGCGUCGCGACGCCGACAGUUUGGUGCGCACCAAUUUGACGGAACGCUUUCUCAACGGCGGAUGGGAUGGUGCCGUAUCUUAUGCAGAGGCUUGCUACUCAACCAUGAAUGCAACAGGAGAACUCCUCGGAACCGCUUUCGUUGCUCGAGAUAUGGUAGAAAUUAUUGAUGCGCUUGGCGAAGACGGUCUCCUGCGAUAUUGGGGCCUAUCCUACGGCACUCAGCUCGGGUCUACCUUUGCAGCCAUGUUCCCUGAACGUGUCGAACGAAUGCUCCUUGACGCCAACAUAAACCCACAUGACUAUGCUGUCGGGCACUGGGGAAAUUACCUUGUGGAUGCGGACAAAACCUUGUUGGCUUUCCUCGACGAGUGUGCCAAGGCGAAGGACAGGUGCGCAUUAGCUCAGUACACUGGCCUAACAACGGCGGCGGAUCUAUUCGAGGUGCUCAACGCUGGGCUAGAGCCCCUUCUCCAAAAUGCGACCAGUGGCCAUGAAGAAGGGUGGUUGGCAUACCUUUCGGUGAAGCAGUACAUUUACAGCCGGCUUUACUGGCCCAGGCUGUGGCCCAGGCUUGCGGAGACCAUAACUGGCUUCUUGAACGGAAGCUUGACCGACCUGCCGCUGCCAACCCCAGAUCCCACCCGGGAGCCGUACAAUCUAGGAGUCGAUAGCAUCAAUGGUAUCCGCUGCAGCGAUGCACUUUGGCGUGCAUCUUCCCCAGAGGAGAUUCUCGAUCAGGUGGAGUACCAAGCCACGGUCAGCGAGAGCUUCUCUGACGUGGGAUAUGAACAUACAUGGACCUGCGCAGCGUGGAAGAUGGAGGCGAAAGAGCGGUACACAGGAAAUUUCUCGGCGAGGACGAAGUUUCCUAUCCUGUUCGUUAACGGUGUGUUUGAUGUGGCCACACCGCUCGUCUCUGCUUUCAACGCCAGUGCCGGAUUCGAGGAUAGCGUUGUGCUGACGCACAAUGGUUACGGACACGGACUGACCGCUCACCCAUCGUUAUGUACCACGAGAGCAGUGCAGGCGUAUUUCAAGGACGGAGUGUUGCCUGAGUUAGGCACUAUCUGUGAGCCGGAUGUCGGAGCAUGGGACUUGCUGGAGUCUUCCACGGAGUAG